CUUCAUUCGAAUCCUCUGCAAUGUGGUUUCCUGUCUUGAACACAUCCCAAUCACUGGAGAGCAAUCUCGAACACGAGAAUGCUUGCAAAUGCAAACCAGUAUUCCAACAAGGUAACAGUAUAUCUCUCUUUUCUCGCGGAGCACGUAAAUAUCAUGCUUCUCAGCAAGUAAUUUAUUGUUGGCCGGAAGGGAAAUGGAAACGUCGCUCCGAUCACCAUUGCACCUGACCAGCCAUGCUAUCAUAGGAAUAUGUUGACGGAUGUGCGCACUGGGUUUUGCUUCUCGUUAUUGUUUAUUGAUCGUGGCUUCAUUGUGUCUCGACCUUUGUUAAUAAUUAAUAAUGCCCUUUGUUAAUAAUUAAUAUUGCCCUUUGUUAAUAAUUAAUAAUGCCCUUUGUUAAUAAUUAAUACUGCCCUUUGUUUGUGAAUACAAUACU